AUGUUUCAUGCAACUAUGCAAACUGCAUUUUUCACCAUAGUUAUUCUACCUGUACGGAUAGUGGCUAUUAUGGUUUUGCUGCUUAUAGCUUGGCUGUUAGCGACCAUUGGUUUGGCUGGUGUUGAUCAGAACGAAUUAUCAGAGAGACCACUUAGCGGAUGGAGACGCUAUGUCAGACGUGCGGUGUACAUGGUCGUCCGGCUUAUGUUCGGAGCGGUUGGUUUCCACCGAGUCAGGACUGUCGGUGAACAGGCCACGCGGAAAGAGGCGCCCGUGCUGGCCGUCGCGCCGCACUCGUCCUUUUACGACGGGCUAGCGGCCGUCGUCACGGGUGGUCCAACAAUCGUAGCUAAGGAAGAGAACUCUUAUAUCCGUCGUUGGAUUUGUUUUGUGGGUCGUUCCGCGUACUUAGCAGGUGGCAUGAACAUGGUUAUAAAGGGGGUGAAAGCUUCCCGUCGGGAGGCCCCCUUACUGGUCAUCGCUCCUCAUUCCACAUUCCUUGACUCUUGUAUAAGUUAUGUGACCGGUUUCCCUUCUAUCAUUGCGAGGAUCGAGGAUGGACUUAACCCUUGGGUCGGAAGAGUAAUAAACUUCACGCAGCCCGUGUAUGUACGGAGAGACGACCCAGAAUCAAGACACAACACAAUACAGGAGAUAAUUCGCCGUGUAAAAUCCGACCAAGACUGGCCUCAGAUUCUAAUAUUUCCAGAAGGAACUUGUACGAACCGAUCGUGUCUGAUAACGUUCAAGCCGGGCGCAUUCUAUCCGGCAGUGCCCGUUCAACCGGUACUUUUGCGGUAUCCGAACAAACUGGACACCGUCACCUGGACAUGGGAUGGUCCUGGAGCGUAAGGGAGACACAAUAUAUACAGUGUGAUCACGAUAAGUGGAAACACUCAAUAACUAUGUGUAGGCUUCAUAUAUUUCAAUUCUACUUUUUCGGCUAACUWAUAAACAUUAUUAAUUAUUAUACAUAUUUUAAAAUAAUUAGACUAUUUUUUUGACAGUUAAUUUUGAGCUUGCGCACAACAACUUU